CACAAAGCGCGAUCGUUCCCUGGCUUUUUCCUCCGCGCUCGCUCUUACCUCAGCCGCAGCCCGUAAGUGGGAUGCGGGAUACGCAGCAUCACCGGUGCCGUUAGAAUAAUCCCAACAGAUAAACCUUGCAGUUCAGCGGGCCUAUCAGAUUUUAAGGCAACUGGUUUUCUAAAGGCUGAGCAGGGAGAGUAAAACUGCUCGCUGGUGUGUGUGGGGGGAAGAAAAAGACACUGCUUUUCUCCGGGAGAUAAAGUGAGGAGGGAUUUUCCAACUAACGGGGAUGUGGCUGUUUUUCCACUGUCCUAUAAAGCGGGAAAUGAUUUGGUCAUCCAAAGAUCAGAUUUAAACUGGACUGCUCUUGAUCUUAUCAGUAACGCAUUUUAUCUGCCCGUUUAUCUGCCCUGGGAAUCUCGGUGGUGGAGGGAGACGCGGAGCAAGAUCCAGAGAACUAUACAGAGGAAAACUGAGUUACUCUUCAAUUACGCUUUUUCUUGCAAAUUGACGUAUUUCUGGGCAGCGGACGUAAUGCAAAAGUAAGGGAGAAUAUUGGAAACGCAGACAAGACGCAGCACAGAGUGCCUGUAAGUAGCAGCUCCAUCUUCUUUUCCUUGUGUGUGUACCCUCUGCAAGAGCCGGGGACACAUACUAUAUGUGUAUGUGAGAUGAGGAGGAGCUAAGUGGCUACCACAACCACCUAGAUCAGACAGCCUCCUGUGCUGCAAGAUGGAUUAGAGCCCCACACCUCAGGAGAUCAAAGGUGGCUGUGACAGGGGCACCCCCGGGGCAGGACCCAUGAGGAGUCAUAGAAGAUGCUCACAGCCUGGGCGCUUCUGCUCUUCUUAGCCAUGUGGGUGAGAAGCACCUUUGGUGGCCCGCUCUCCUUUCGAAUAGCUGCCAUCCUUGAUGACCCUAUGGAGUGCAGCAGAGGAGAGCGUCUGGCUAUCACGCUGGCCAAAGACAGCAUCAACAGGAGCAGUAACCGCUCCAUCACUGGCAAGCUGGAGGUGGACAUCUUUGAACUGCUGAGAGACAGCGAAUAUGAGAUGGGGGAAACAAUGUGCCAGAUCAUGUCCAAAGGGGUGGUGGCAGUCCUUGGUCCAUCUGCCAGUCCAGCUUCCAACUCAAUCAUCAGCAAUAUAUGUGGAGAGAAGGAGGUGCCCUAUGUCAAGGUGGCUCCAGAGGACAUUUUGAAGGUUCAUUUCCCCCGCUUCACCACUUUGGACCUGAGACCAACAAACACCGACAUCAGCCUGGCCGUGGCCGGCCUUCUCACCUUCUUCAACAGCACCACCGCCUGCCUCAUCUGUGCCCAGGCCGACUGCUUAUUAAACCUGGAGCAGCUCCUCAGGCAGUUCCUCAUCUCCAAGGAGACUCUGUCUGUGCGCAUGCUUGAUGACAGCCAGGACCCGACCCCACUCCUAAAGGAGAUUCGAGAUGACAAGACUCCCACCAUAAUAGUCGAUGCCAAUGCCACAAUGUCACAUAUCAUUUUGGAGCGGGCAUCAGAGCUGGGAAUGCUGUCAGUCUACUACACUUACAUCUUCACCUCUCUGGAAUUCUCUUUACUCCGACUGGACGACGUGGCGGACCAGCGAGUCAACAUAGUUGGUUUUUCCGUCUUCAACAAAACUCAUCCCUUCUUCCAGGACUUUGCGCUAAGCCUCAACCGCUCCUGGCAAGAGAACUGUGACCACGCACCCUUCGCCGGCACACCGCUCUCGUCAGCUUUGCUCUUUGAUGCGGUAUACGCUGUGGUGGCGGCGGUCCAGGAGUUGAACCGUAGCCAGAACGUCGGAGCCACUCAGCUCUCCUGCAAGUCCUCCAAGAUCUGGGAGCACGGCACCAGCCUCAUGAAUUACCUGAGGAUGGUAGAAUUGGAAGGUCUAACAGGACACAUUGAAUUCAACAGCAAAGGACAGCGGUCUAACUAUGCCCUGAGGAUCAUGCAGAACAGCAAGGACGGCCUGAGGCAGGGGAUGUACCACUUGGAGAGUAUGCAGCACUGCUUUGAAGAUCUGCUCUGCAAACUGAAGGAGCUCGUCUCCAACCCUGAGCUUGUGUCUCAUUACGACUACUGA